UCUGGACCUCUGAACCUCUGGACCUCUGAUCAUCUGAACCUCUGGACAUCUGAACAUCUGGACAUCUGGACUUCUGAUCAUCUGAACUCCUGAACCUCUAGACAUCUGGACAUCUGAACCAUUAGUGUGGUGAUGAACAUGUUGUGUUGCUCUGUGCUCAGUGUGACAGACUGUGACUAAAUCUGAUCAGAUUAUCACCCUGACUCUCUCUCUGUGUCUCAGUGGGAGUCGGUGUCUCUUGCCUGCUGCAGAUGGUUACUCUCUCAGAGGAUCUGGACUCGUCAUGAAGCUUUGAACUUAAAAUUUCAUUUGGGAUUUUUCUUUAUCAUAAUCAGAGGUUUGUUUUCAUCUGAAGCCUGAAGACAGCCAGGAUGAUGCUGAAUGACCAGUGGACCAUCAUGAACAACAGCAGCUCAGAGCUCGACAGCAAACAACCAAAGAAACACAAGAGAUGCUGCAGUUUCCUGUUGUGGUCCGUCGUCAUGUUGAUCGUCAUAGCAGCCAUCGUCACGGCAACAGUCACCAUCCUGUACCUGAACCAGUAUCCUCUGCCCUUCAUCAGCAGGGGCGGAGUCUCCUCCUCCUCACCUGUGAUCUCGACCAACCCCAAAGAGUCUGGCGCCCUGGUGACGGUGUCCCGUGUCACAGCUGGAGAACCAAUCAGCAUCUUCCUGGAUCCGAACUGUCCAGACUACAGCGAGAACUUCCUGCGGUGGGAGGCACUGCAAAGCUCUCUGCUGCGAGCGCUGACCAAUCACAACACAGAAGACUGGCAAGAGAUGGGAUUGGUCCAGAAGCUGGCUGAGGAGCUGAAGGUGUUAUCAGGCCAUGCCCACAACCUGAGGCUGGAAGCUGAUUUUUUGAAAAGAGGUCAAGUUGUUCUGGACCAACGACUGGACGGCCUGCAGAGCGAGCAGAGCCGCAUCAUACAGGUGCUGUCUGACACUCACUCAGGUGUGUUGAAGCUGGCCGCAGGUUUCAGUGAUUCUUUGCUCAGCCUGCAGAGGGAGACAGACAGUCUGAGGAGGCUGAAGGGAGAGCUGCAGAAAGACAGAGUUGUCAGACCCAGAGACUGCAGUGAUGUCAUGGCGUCCGGCAUCUCUCAGGACGGAGUUUAUUCUGUGUUUCCAACUCACGACCCCGACGGCUUCAUGGUCUACUGUGACAUGACCACUGACGGAGGGGGGUGGACGGUGAUCCAGAGGAGGGAGGAUGGGUCAGUGAAUUUCUUCAGAGGAUGGGAUGCGUACAGAGAUGGCUUUGGAAUGACUACAGGAGAGCACUGGCUGGGUCUCCAGAGGAUCUACUCUCUGACCAGGUCUGGUGGUUUUGAGUUACGUAUCGACAUGGCGGACUACGAUAACGCCACGGCGUUUGCUCGGUAUGCGGACUUCUCUGUGGGUCGGGACUCAGUGAACCCUGAGGAGGACGGGUAUCCGCUGACUGUGGACCAGUACUCUGGGACUGCAGGUGACUCCCUCCUCAAGCACUCUGGGAUGCGGUUCACAACCAAAGACCGGGACCAGGACCAGUCGGAGAACAACUGUGCGGCUUACUACCAGGGGGCGUGGUGGUACCGUAACUGCCACACCUCCAACCUGAACGGCCAGUACCUGAGAGGAGGCCACGCCUCCUACGCUGACGGUGUGGAGUGGUCCAGCUGGACCGGCUGGCAGUACUCACUCCGUUUCACUGAGAUGAAGAUCCGACCCAACGCCAGACCAGAAUCCUGAACUCUGAUCUUUGACCUAAACUGGACUCCUGAUUAAACCUGACCUCAGACCUCUGAUCACGGACCUCUGACCAGUUUUGAACUAAAUGUGUUUUACAAAAUAUGACAGUUUGUUGUUAUGGUUCAAAGAAUCAGAUGAUGAUGAUGAGGUAGAGAUGAAGGUUUCAACAUUAAACAGUUUCUGAAGCAACGCCCCCCUCUGUUGUCCCUGUUUCUACAGGAUCUCACUGUUUAUCGAACAUAAGAUUUAAGAAAUCUUUCUUUUUUUACUCAAAAACUUAAAUCUAAUAAAUGUUUAAUAAAUGUUUAAUAAAUGUAAUAAAUGUUAAUGAUGAUAUUUCAAUAAAUGUGUAAUGAAUCACAGACAGGUCCAGGAACUUGG